ACAACAGGAUAGUGCUUUGUGAUCAGAUUGUGCUGCAUAGCCUAAAGCUUUCUUGGACAAAUGAAGAUUGUCCAAUACGUUCACGGGAUAAUAUUUGUAAUGACUUUAAUAUAUACUUUUGUGUAUAGAGUCGAUUUGUGUAUUCAUUGACACAUUCUGGAAGCUGUACUUAAGAUAUUCUCUUAUGCGUUGAGUAGGGGAUUGUUUGAUUUGCUGGAUUGUUGCUGGCUUCCGAUACGAUUGAUUCAGCGAUAUCCUAAAUCGGAUUUCAUCUGGACGAGCCCAAGACGCCACGUAUAGAGUUCUUCUGAGGGAUUUUCUGUCACGUUUGCCGCCGAUGUGUGAUUGCUUACACUUCCAGUCUGUUAGGUGCCGAGAUUAUGAGGGGUGAAAUUCUGGCUAUAUUUGCGGAAGAAAGUGAUUAAUAAUCGCUUUAUGCUUGCUAAGAUGUGAUACUUGUCCAAUUAUGACAAAUAUAUCUGAUCCUGGAUGAUUGAGAUAGACAGUACUCUGUGAACUAUCAUGUUUUUACACAUAUAGCUGACCCGCUUAUGAGUUCUGUCUGGUAAAUGGAACUACCACAUUUGACUGGAAGGGAAGCUAUACACAGAUCGAUCAGUGUGCUGUAGGUACUGACAGUAGUUAGUGGGCGAUAUUUAAACCGAUGACGCCUUUCCUCAUUUCACAAGAAAAUUCCUCUAUUGGAAGGCGGGGAUUUUAAUCCAGCCUGCAUGCGAGCGGAUAAAUCAUUCUCGCGCGUUUACCAAGUGUGUCACAUACUGUGUGAUGCAUGGUGUGAAAUAUCAAUAUCCGUUUCUCUGGCACCAGAUGUAAUGACAUUGGCAUUGGUUUGAUCGGAUGUUCAAAUAUUGUGCUUGUUGAGUCAACAAUCGGUGUCUCUGUUUGCAUCCGACACCUUUAAUCAAAAUGGGAAGUAAUGUUGAUAAUGCGACAUCUCUGGCGCUCUAUGUAGCAACUCUUCAAACUUUUACAAGUCACAACGCAUCCGAAAGCAUAAGUAUAGGAAUGAAUGGAUCUCAUCCUGUGAUUCCGGUAUCUUCUUCAGCGACACCAAGUAUGGAUACAGUUGUCCUUCUCUCCAUUGUUUUUAUCAUCAUAUGCAGCGUUGGAAUCUUUGGCAACAUCCUAGUUAUAACUGCCGUUCUCAUAGAUGACAAAAUGAGAAAAUGUGUCACCAAUUUCUUCAUCAUCAACCUUGCUGUUGCGGACAUUUUCAUAAUGAUCCUUGGUAUCCCCGAGAUCGGACAGUUUGUUUUGUCCAGAGGGUGGCUUCUUGGACCAGUAGCGUGUAAAGUCAAUCGGUUCCUUCUCGUUUCAUCCCUCUAUUGCUCGGUAUGGUCACUCCUGGCUGUCAGCGUAGAAAGGUUCGUGGCGAUAGUGUUUCCAAUUAAGGCCCAUAUUGUGUGUACCCGGAAGAAGAUCCUGUGCGUCAUAGCGUUCAUUUGGCCCGUUGCGAUAGGCUGUGGACUGCCGACAUUACUCUUCAACCAAGUCAAGCCAGUAGCUCCGGGACUUUCAUUGUGUCAGAUCAUCUUUCCAGGGAAUAACUUCCAAUUCUUUAUUAUUUUCAAAUAUCUUGAAUCGGUGUUAUUUUACUUUCUGCCAAUGGUGAUACAAAUAGUUCUGUACGCUGUGAUAGGUCGAAGGUUGUACGCAAGUACAGAGGAACUGAACACUCGAUUCCAGAUGCGUCCAGACGCACACUCGAAAACAGAAAGAUCUGCUGACACAAUAAAGGCACGUAAGGGCGUUGUGAAGAUGCUGAUAGCAAGUGUGCUUAUUUAUUUCAUCAGCUACUCGCCUCAACAAAUACACCUUUUAUACAACACGUUCUCGAGAACUCCGUUUCCACAAAGUUGGCCAUUCCUUGUUUUUGUUAUGAUCAUAACCCACGUGAAUUCAGCAGCUAACCCUGUGCUUUAUAGCAUAUUUAGCCAGAACUUCCGCCGGAACUUCAAGCGAUGUCUGUGUUUUAUUUGCUAUCGGAUGGAGCGGAAGGCAUACCGGAGGACAAGGUUUGAUUCCUUCGACUCACGUGCUGUUUCCAGAAGAAACAGCACAUCUCGCACCACUAUGUCUAGAGUGUAGAUUUCAUGUGGCCCUGAUUGUACAUAACUGGAAAUUGGAGGACACAUCUUCAAGACAACACAAUGAGAUCUGAUGGUGUAUACUGUUGUGUUAUUACCAUCUACAAAGCACAACGAUAAAUAGGUCAGAGUGCUUGAGUUAACACCAUUUGUCGGCAGGGAUGGUGAGAGUAAUGUGUAAAGUUAUAUCAUGAGAAAUAUGUUGAUCUUGUUUGUUGAAUGAUUUCUUUAAAGUUCGGUUAUAUCAUAAGAAAUACUUUGAUCUUUGAAGUCGGGUUGGUUCAUGCUAACGAAAUGGAAUUAACUUAUAAUAAUUACAGUGCAAUAUUCGGCCAAUAUUAUAGCUGUUGUGUUAUAGCUGAUUCACAAGCACACUUCAUGUACAACGUUAAAAUGUGAAUCUAAAGAUUAACUUUAAUGAUGCAUCUAAAAAGUCAUCAAUUUUGUUUUGUUUGUCUAGUUAUGAAUGUGAAAUUGUAUAUUUUUGUGCUUUUUUAGGCACCCGAAUCGUAACUGACGCUCUUAUGAAAUAUAGCCUCGUGUUAUUACAAAAUAUUUUUUUUCUGACAUGUGCUUUUGCUUUGAGAUGAGCAAAUUUAUAAAAGUAAACAAAACUUUCAAACGUGUAUUGUCCUGUAUUAUAUAAAUAUCUGCUCGAAUAUUCUCGGCCGCAAUAUUAUUUUUCUGGGAAUGACAAACAUUAACAGACAUCAUGACUUAACAAUAUGUUCAAAUUUGUACAUAUUAACUGUGAUAUAAACAACUUUUGGCAUACGACAUUAUAAACAUGUUUAUAUUGGGUAAAUUUAUCAAAGUAGAUGCCUCACAUGUGCGACUAAAUUGAUAAAUGCAGUGUUUGAUAAUAGUCAUACAAACAGGAUUAAUUUCCCAUUGACGUCACUGAUACCAAUAGCCGCCAAUGUGUCCGUCUGCAUUAAUUUUGUUUCGUUUGACGUUCACGUUUUAACGAUGCUACAGUAAAACGGUUUUCAGCGAUGUUUUGUUAUUUCAGCGACAUUUCGUGUCAGAGCAUUAGGCAUAUACGAUAAGUUCCGAGUCUCGCAUGGAAGCAAUUGCGUAAUAGUAGCAUCGUAUGUUAUGGACAUUACAUGGUGUCAUAUAGAUAUGUCCACACAAUUGAGCAACUUAUUUCGCUGUGACAGGUCAGUAAAAUAAGCAUAGAUCUGUGACCUUUUGGAGACAGGACAAACAAGAGGAAGGUGCAGUGAUCAAGUGCUUUCCAGAAAAAGGGCUGAAAAUUAAAUGCCGUCCAUUAAGAUAUGAGUACAACACAAUGGUAGGAUGCCUCUUCCAAUGCCACCGUAAGAAAGUGGGAUCACAGUUUAAGUGUGGCAGGGACAGCCUUGAAGACGACCCCCGUCCGGGAAGGACUGUCACGCCAGCAACACCGGAAAUGAUCCCGACAAUCCACGAUAUGAUGAUGACCGACGGACGAAUGACUGAGGGUCAUAUUGCUAAUUUCCUUGGGGAAAAUACAUUCCAUUAUCACAUUAACUUUGGCAAUGAAGAAAGUAUCAGCUCGUUGGGUUCCAAUGCUUCUGACCUCUGAGAAAUAAACAUACCAGGCUUCACAUGUCUCGUGACAAUCUAGCUAUGUUUGAAGCUGACCCUGAAAGGUUCUUUCUACGAUUUGUGAAUAUGGAUAAAAUCGAGGUUCAACACUUCCGGCCUGACUCCAAACAACGACAAGAACAGAGGAAGCAUUUGACAUCAUCAUAUCAGCUGUAAAGGUUAUGACAUCCUACUUCUUAGUUGUCGAAGAUGUCAUCAUGACUGACUAUCUUCCAAAAGGCAGACAAAAGCGGAAUAUAUUAUGCUGCACUUUUGAGAUGACGGGAUGAAAUUAGGACUAAGAGACGUUGGAAGCUGAGAAAAGGAAAAGCUCUUUCAUCAGGACAAUGCGCCAGUGAAUACAUCCGUCACUGACAUGGUUACAACCCACGAGUGUGGCUAUGCUUUCCUUCAGCACCCACCUUAUUCUCUUGAUCUGGUUUCAUCAGACUUCCAUCUAUUCUCAAACAUGAAGCAAGCACUAACCGGAACCCUCUCGAAUGAUGAGGUCAUAGCAGUUGUGGGGAACUUUUGGACCAACCAAGUGGACUUUUGCGAACUGCGAUAACAUCCCUUCAAAUCGCUGACAAAAGUGUAUUACUGUGGAAAAGAAUUUAGUUGAAAAAUAGAUCAUUUAAUGUCUUUUCCUGAAGACUUUCUAUGCGAGGCUCAGAACUUAUCAAUCACCCUAGUUGAUUACAUAAUGGUGUAUCAAUUUCCUGAUUAGCAUGAAAUGCAUGAACUUGCCUAUUAUAGGCGUCCAAUGACACACAAUUAGCCAAGUCAUAGAGCCUGACCAACCGAUCCAUUUGUGAGUGAGUUUGAUGUAACGACACUUUGAACAUUAAUUUAGGUCAAUCACGGCGUGGCAGCUUAAUGUAGGAAAAAAGCUCGAAUGAUGCACGACUAAGAUGU